GGUGCACCUCGUCGACCUCCUCUACCCCCACGUGGAGGCCGACAACUUAGAGGAUCCCACAUGCCACCAACAUUCGCCCCCAGGCGACCAAGCAGUUGUGGUGGUAUGCUCUGAUCGUAGAAUGCAUGUGGCUCCUAUUGCGGCCCCUGCUGGUCUUUCUGGUCCUCGGGUUGUUGCUCCUCUUCUUGCUGCUCCGCGUGCUGCUCCUCGUGCUGCUCCUCUUGCUGCUGCUCCGCGUGCUGUGCAUCCUCUUCUUGCUGCUCUUCCUCCCGUUGUUGCUGCUGCAACUGUUGAUCCUCUUGCUACUGCUGCUGCUCCUCCUCCCGUCCCUUCUCGUCCUGCUCGUCGUCGUGCUACUUCUCCUCCUGCUGCUCCUCUUCUUGCUUCUGCUUUUCCUGCUACUCCUCUUCUUGAUGCUCCUCAUGCUGCUCGUGCUGGCGCUGCCCCCGAGCAUUUAGUGAUGCUAUUUGAUUGCUGCAAUGUGUGGGAGGAAGAGGGAGAUCGGGAGAAGGAGGUGGAAGAUGAAGACUGGGAGGAGGACGACAAAGAGGAAGAUGGGGAGGAGGAGGAGGAAGAAGGUGAUGGGAAGGAGGAGGAAGAAGGUGAUGGGGAGGAGGACUCGGAGGAAGAAGCGAUGGGGAGGCGAGGAAGAGGGAGUUCGGAAGGAGGAGGUGGAAGAAGAAGAUCGGGAGGAGGAGGACGAAGAGGAAAAUUGGGAGGAGGAGGAAGAAGGCGAUGGGGAGGAGGAGGAAGAAGCGAUGGGGAAGGGAGGACGAGGGAGAUCGGGAGGAGGAGGUGGAAGAUGAAGAUCGGGAAGAGGAGGAUGAAGAGUAAGAUUGGGAGGAGGAGGAGGAAGAAGGUGAUGAGGAGGAGGAGGAAGAAGCGAUGGGGAGGGGAGGAAGAGGGAGAUCGGGAGGAGGAGGUGGAAGAAGAAGAUCGGGAGGAGGAGAACAAAGAGGGAGAUCUGGAGGAGGAGGCGGAAGAAGCGAUGGGGAAGGGAGGAAGAGGGAGAUCGGGAGUGGAUGAUAAGGGGGACGAGGAGGAAGAUGAAGAGGAGGAAGACGAAGAGGAGGAAGACGAAGAGGAGGAAGACGAAGAGGAGGAAGACGAAGAGGAGGGAGACGAGGAAUAUGGCGAUGGGGAGGAGGAGGAAGACGAGGAGUAGAUGAUAAGGGGGGGGAGGAGGAAGACGAAGAGGAGAAAGUCGACUUACCAACGAUG